UCGAUCUCCUCCUCACUCUUCUUCUUCUUCUUCUUCCUCUCCCCUUUCCUUUUCUCCCUCUUCGCCUCAUCUCUCUCGAUUCAGCCCUAGCAAUGGCGAACGACGCCAUCCCCUCCUCCUCCUCGUCGUCGGAGGCCGCGGCGGAAGAGGAGGAGAAGAAGAAGAAGAGGCGUAGUGGCCGCGGAGGCGGCGGCGGAGGAGUGGUGUCGCGCGUGUGGAAGGGGAUCUUCGGAGCGGGACAUGACUUGGAGAAGGAGCUUCGGCGCCUCUCCGUGGCGGAGGCCUCCGCCCACGCGCGGAUCAAGCGAAGGGCCCAAGCCACGCGCGCGAUGAGGACGAACCUCGUCGUCGUAUCGAUCGCUCUUGAGGGUUUGGCUGUUGCAUAUGCUAUCAUGACGACAAGAUCAUUGGAUUUGAACUGGCAGAUGAGGGCAGUUAGAGUGAUGCCUUUGUUUGUGCUUCCUGUUUUAGCUGUUGUCAUCUACUCGACACUUGGGAGCGUCAGAAGAAUGUUGGAUAGCAAGGACCAGAAAGCGCUUGAGAGGCUCCGUGAAGAAAGGCAAGCGAAGAUAACUGAGCUGAAGGAGAGGACAAAUUACUACACUACACAACAGCUUAUUCAGAGAUACGACCUUGAUCCUGCUGCCAAGGCCGCAGCAGCAACUGUUCUGGCAUCUAAACUUGGAGCAGAUUCUGGGUUGAAAUUUUAUGUUGGAGAUGAAUCAAAUACCAGUCCCUCAUUGGGAGUUAGCAAUGAUGUUAACCCGGCGCAACCUACUCAGCUCCGACACAGAAAACCAGCUUCUGGCAAAAGUGCUGCCGCAGUAAGCAGCCAAGAAGCUCACUUCUUUGAUGAUUCCUUAAAUGAGUACGACGAAAAUGCCGGGGAAAUUGCUUCUCCAAAUCAGAGUUUUGUUGGACAUAAUAAAGGUUCAGCUGGUAGUGACGGGGGAUGGCUCGCUCGAAUUGCGGCUUUGCUUGUAGGAGAAGAUCCGACACAGUGCUAUGCGCUGAUCUGCAGCAACUGCCAUAUGCAUAAUGGAUUUGCGAGGAAAGAGGAUUUUCUAUUUAUAACAUAUUAUUGCCCUCAUUGCCACGCAUUAAACGGGUCUCGACAGCAAGCGGAAAACGAAAUGAUUUUGAAUUCUGAGAGGGAAACUCCGAUUUCUCAAGCUGAUGGUAAUGAUGCGUUCAACGACGCGAGCAAUUCGAGCUCGAUCACCGGCAGUCCAUUUGCAAACACUCCAACAGCUGCCAAAGAAAUGCCUCAAGGAGACAACGGCGACGAGGAAGGAAAUGAUGUUCAUACUAAUUAGGAAUUUGCAUUCAGUAUUAUAUGUAAUGCUUUUACAAUGAGAUAGCUUCUGUUGAAGGGAAAAUUCGUUUGUUUGUCGAUGAUUCCGCAUAAAGAGAGGAAAGGAGCAUGUUGUGUAAAAUAAUUACUAAUUCUUUUUGAGAGUUAUGGUAAUUUUUGGCCAUUUUGUUAUAUACUGUGAGGAGUGGAAGGUACCAUAAUGGGGUUUUUGGGCGACUACACUUAUAGAAUUUUUUUUAAUUCUAAAAA